AGAGAGAAGCUGACCAUCUAAGCCAAGGAGAGAGGGCUCAGAAGAAAUCAACCCUGCCGGCAUCUUGAUCUCGGACUUCUAGCCUCCAGAACCCUGUUCGACCUCUCUGGGUGUACCAACAUCUGCCUCACGAGAGCUGAUGGGAGCUUUAGAUGAGAUGACCAACGUAAAGCCCCUGGCAUAGAGUCUGGCAUACAGUAGGUGGUCAAUGAAUGUCUGUUCCCUCCUCCCCACGUUCCCCUUCGCAAAUUUGGGGUCAUUACCAUAUAACUUUAUACCCCAAUCGCUGUCAACAAAAAGAUUCACUCUCAGGGUCAGAAUUCAAGAAUUCAUCUUUUUAUCCGAGGCCACGUGAAUCGCCCAGGUCUAGACCUGAGCAGACAAAGGGAGCUGUCUGUGAGAAUCCUUUCUCCAAGGCGAAACCCCAGCCCGACGACCGGUGCCAAGAAAUCGGACUCUUCCUUGAGAACAAGAGAAAAACAUUCUCCAGGAGAAGCAACAGCAAGCGACCUACAGCCUUGGGCCCCUGUUUCUCCGAGUAUUUGUGUGAAAGAGGAGAGAACUGAGCAGAAAAGGAAAAGGCAGAAGGCGCCGUGGUUUGAAGCUGCUGACGUGGUGUGCGAACCAAAGCCGUGUGCUUUGUCAUGUGAGGACUUCUGGAAACGCUUCUGUUGACGUGGCCUUUUCCCUGCCGUUGGCCAGAGCCCUCGGUGCUGGUCCAUGAAGACGGGCCCACCAUGUUCUAUGGGACCCACUUCAUCAUGUCCCCACCCGCCAAGAGCAAGCUGAAGCGGCAGGGCCAGCUGCUGUCCAGCGUGCUGUCCCGGACGCUGAGCUACAAGUACCGUGACCUGGACGCCACCUGCUCCAGCCUGGGCGCCGGCGACGACCCGGCCGAGCUCUCCACCCAGCUCUCGGCCCCUGGGGUCCUGAAGGUGUUUGGGGACAGCGUGUGCACGGGCACCCACUACAAGAGUGUCCUGGCCACCGGCGCGUCCAGCGCCCGGGAGCUGGUGAAGGAGGCCCUGGAGCGCUACGCCCUGAGCCCCGAGUGCGCUGGCCAGUACGUGCUGUGCGACGUGGUGGGCCAGGCCGGCGACUCCGGGCAGCAGUGGCAGGCCGAGGGCUUCCGGGUGUUCGGCGACAACGAGAAGCCCCUCCUGAUCCAGGAGUUAUGGAAACCCCGGGAAGGCCUGUCCCGGAGGUUUGAGCUGAGAAAGAGGUCGGAGGUGGAGGAGCUGGCAGCCAGGGACGUGGACACCGUGACUGCAGGGAUAAACGCCCAAGCCCGGAGACUGCAGCGGAGCCGCGCCAAGGGAACCCCAGCCCCGGCCGCGGGGGGAGCCUGGAGCCCCCCUCCACCCCGGCUGCGCCGCACGGUCAGCGAGACCAGCCUGGGCUCGGCCGCCGCCCCGCCAUCCGCUGCCCGGGGCCCCGAGGAGCCCGGCCGGGACGCCAUGCGCUGCUCCCUCUACGAAUCGCCCCACCUGCUGCUCCUGCAGGGCUACAGCCAGCAGCACGACAGCCUGGUCUACGUGCUCAACCGGGAGCGGCACACGGUGGGCCAGAGGACCCCCUCCAGCAGGCCCAGCAUCAGCCUCUCGGCCCCCGACAUCCUGCCCCUGCACUGCACCAUCCGCAAGCGCCAGCUGUCGGGCCGCGCGCAGGCGGGGGCACAGCUGGUCCUGGAGCCCAUCCCCGGGGCGCCCGUCUCGGUCAACUUCUCGGAGGCGGGGGGCCGCGCCGUGGCGCUGCGCCACGGGGACCUGCUCUCCCUGGGCCUGUACUACCUGCUGCUGCUGAAGGACCCGGCGCAGGCCCAGCCCCUGCCCGCCCAGGCCCUGGCCCGCCUCCGGGCCGUGCCGGAGAGCUGCAGGAUGUGCGGCGCCCCGCUCCGCGCCCGGGCCGCCUCGGCCUCCGCGAGGCCCGUCCCCCGCCGGCCGCGGCCGCUGCACCUGGAGUUCGAGCCCGACGUGGAGGAUGCGCUGCUGCAGCGGAUCACGACGCUGGUCGAGCCGUGCGGCGACGACCACAAGCUGACCCCCGCCUUCCUCCUCUGCCUGUGCAUUCAGCACUCGGCCACGCGCCUCGAGCCGGGCUCCCUCGGGCGGCUCCUGCUCAAGAUGGCCAAGAUGAUCCGAGAGACCGUCUGGGAGAAAACCAAAGAACUCGCCGAGAAGCAGGCGCACCUCCAGGAGCCCCUCUCCACGGCCAGCUUCACCAUGGCGGGCCUGGUUCCGGAGCUGCAGCACAUCCUCUUCUGGAUGUCCAACUCGGUCGAGCUCCUGUACUUUAUCCAGCAGAAGUGCCCACUCUACAUGCAGAGCCUGGAGGAGGAGCUGGACGUCACAGGCUCGAAGGAGUCCCUGUUCUCCUGCGCCCUCACGGCCAGUGAGGAGGCCAUGGCAGUGCUGGAGGAGGUCGUCCUGUACGCCUUCCAGCAGUGCGUGUACUACGUCUCCAAGUCCCUGUACGUGUGCCUCCCGGCCCUGCUGGAGGGCCCCCCCUUCCAGCUGGAGUGCCGCGAGAGCUGGGGCUCGGCCCCUCCGCUGCCCGAGGAGCUACACCGCGUCGUGUCCGUCUACCAGGCCACCCUGGACCUCCUUCGGCCGCUGCAGGUGCACCCCGAGAUCGCCGCCCAGCUGCUGGCCUACCUCUUCUUCUUCUCCGGCACGCUGCUCUUCAACCAGCUCCUGGACAAGGGGCCCUCUCUGAGUUGCUUCCACUGGCCCAGAGGCGUCCAGGCCUGUGCCCGCCUGCAGCAGCUCCUGGAGUGGGCGAGGAGCGCCGGCUUUGGCGAGGCUGGAGAGCGCUUCUUCCGGAAGCUUUCCUGCACGCUCAACCUGCUGGCCACGCCCAGUGCCCAGCUCGUCCAGAUGAGCUGGGCGAACCUGCGGGCCGCGUUCCCUGCCCUGAGCCCCGCGCAGCUGCACCACCUGCUGACCCAGUACCAGCUGGCCUCGGCCAUGGGCCCCAUGAGCGCCUGGGAGCCGUGUGCCCAGGACAGCCCCGCAGCCUUCAAGUCAGAGGAGGUCCUGGAGUCCUAUGAAAACCCCCCACCCAUCGUCUUGCCGAGCGAGGGCUUCCAGGUGGAUCUGGAGGCCGACUGCCUGGACGACAGCCUCCACCAGCACCUCCUCUACAUCCGCCACUUCCUGUGGAGCCUGCGGAGCAAGGCCAGCCCCGGCGGCAGGCCCGCCCAGCCGGAGUGUCUCCAGGGCCCGCACCACACCAGCCCCGAGGGCCGCCCUGAGGACCAGAGCCGCCCCCUGGCUUCCAGGGACCCCGGCAGGGGAGCCCGUGAGGCCGGCCCGGAGCGCCCUCCUCCUUCCGCGGGGGACCCCCAGGCACAGGGCCCUCUGGGAAGGCCGCCCGGCCGCGCGAGCCGCGGGGGGCCCCAGGCCGGGGACCCACACGGGGACCCCUCAUGCCUGCUCGCGCCCCCCGGCACCCCGCUCAGCCUGGAGCCCACCGUCCCCGACUGGCCAGAAGGCGGCAGUGCCCGCGGGGAAGUGCUCCUGGAAGGCAGGAGGAACGGGCCGAGCGGCCCGCGGUGCGCAGCCCCAGAAGCUGGAGCGCGGCCCCUCUGGGCUGGGCAUGGGCCUGAUGGACGGGAUGCACACGCCGCUGGGCGCCCCAGGGCUCUACAUCCAGACCCUGCUCCCGGGGAGCCCCGCAGCAUCCGACGGGCGCCUGUCGCUGGGAGACCGCAUCCUGGAGGUGAACGGCAGCAGCCUGCUGGGCGUCAGCUACCUGAGAGCCGUGGAUCUGAUCCGACACGGGGGAAAGAAGGUGCGGUUUCUGGUUGCCAAGUCCGACGUGGAGACGGCCAAGAAGAUCCGCUUCCGCACGCCCCCUCCCUAGGCGCCGUGCAGGGGCGGCCCGAGCGCCUACACCUGCGGCUCCCAGUCGGCCAGCGCCGUAAAGGCCGUGAGGACAACCCGACAGAGCCCAACCUCUGGAAGCAGCCACCCUCGUCCGCCCUCGGCGCGGCUGCCCCGGGCGCCCGGCCCAGAGUGGGAUCCAGCCACCUACAGACACAAGCACAGGCGCGUGGGGGACGAGGAAGAGGAGGAGACGGCGUUGAGAGGCCGGGUCCGGUCUGCUGCGCGCCGGGGCGACCCAGGGAGAAGCUGCCAGCACGUCCCACCAUUAAUUACGCCUGAGACGCCUUCCCAGAAGGGUGCCGCCCCUCGCCCGUACCCCAGAUUCGUCCCUCUCACCGUAUCCUCCCAAUCCCAGGGUUCUUCCUAAAGGCAGUCUGCCUACCCCCUUCAGCAGCUCUCCACUGCUUUCAGACCCAAACUCCCGGGUGCUAGCCAUGCUCGCGGGCCGUCUCGUCCCGUUUCUCCUGCCUCCGCCCCUGGCACGGACCCUCUGCCUGAAACGCUCUUGACUGCUUCCCUCGCGGCUGAGGCGUCGCGCACCCUGAGCUGCCGUGUAGCUGUCUUGUCCUUCAGGAGCCUCCCCUGGCCGCUCCCCCUCCCCCCUACCCAGGUCCCACUUUCUUCACUUGUUUGCAGUUCACAAGCCACGCUUCUGAUAACCUUCCCCAGCCUUGCUUUCCAUCUCUGAAAAAUACAGAGAGAACUAAAAUUUACUCCAAAUCCUAACUCCCAAACUUUAGUAAUCUGUUUUAAAGUGCCACCAAAAAUCACCGGCUUAAUUAAAGAAAAAUAGUGAAAACUAGUAAGACUCAACUGAUUGAUUGAUAGUUAUUAACUUUCCUCAAAUCCCACCAGAGAGGAAUUCCCACCCACCCGAGACAGAAAGAGAGAGAAACAGGAAUUACAUAGCGAAGGCUGUUGCUUCUGCCUUGCAGCCUGUACAUUUAUGACCUUGAAUAGAAGAUGAGCUGGGUGUUCUGAGUGGGUCUCAGUUCUUUCUUACACGUCCCCUGGCAAGAACUCUAGGCUGAGCAUGUCGCAUGCUGAGUGCGAUGCUAGCAUUUAAAGAUAAUGUGUUUUCAGGGAGAGGAGAUCAAGAUGGCAGAGUAGGACACGGAGCUCACCUCCCACCACGAACACAGAAAAAAUACAUCCACACUGAAAACAAACUGGAGACCGGCAGAAACGCUCCUGUGCAACCAAGGCUGUGAGAAAGAUCCGUGCGGGCUUGGGGAGGAGGAGCGAUGGGUUGGACCUGCGCCCCUAGUAGGGGACGCAGCAGAGGAGGGGAGUACUCGGGCUCAGAGACCUCAGUGGGGAGGUAAGGGGUUCGAACCACACAUUGAGUAUCCCAGCCUCGGGGGCCGACACCAAGAAGAUGAGUUCCCUUGGCCGGUUUGAAAACCAGUGGGACCGACAGCGGGGCUGUAAGAGACCUAGACUCCACUCGUGAAGCGUGGCCGCCGGCUUGCUGGCUCCUGAGAUAAGGCAGAGGAAGCAGACUGAGACUGCCCGGGGCUCUGGCUGGUUGCCCGUGAUCACCCAGCACCCGCCCCAGCCCCAGCCCGAGCUGAGCACCUGCCCCAGCCCCUCUUGCUCCAGCACUGCUUCCCCUUUGGGGGAAAGAUGCUGCUGCUGGGAGCGGGGAGAGCACACACUUGGAACAGAACCAGCUUGGACCCGACCCUCAGGUCAGCUGCUCCAGCAAACUGGGACCCGCCCUGACAGGGCAGUGAUGGCCACUGAACAGAUGAGAAGCUCCAGCUCACACCUGGCUCUGGCUCCAGCCCCUUUACAUCUCCAGCCACACCUCCUACCAAGGCGACAGCUGCCAGCACACCCUGGGGGAAGAUGUGACUCCCGUUCCCCCACCAAAGCCACUGGGCGCACGCAGACUGUAUGUACAGGGACGCUCCCACACGAGGACACCCCUUCAAGACCACGAUAGGUGACUGUUUCACCUACUUUCACAGAGACAGAAAAAGCCAAGCAAAAUGAGAAGACAGAGGAAUUUGUUUCAAAUGAAAGAACAAGAAAAAAAAACUGAAAAAAAAAAACAACCAAUGGAACAGAGAGAAAUAAUUUACCAGAUAAAGAGUUGAAAGCAUUAGUAAUAAGAAAGCUACUUGAACUAGGAAAAAGAAUAGAUAAACAUGGGACUUUCCUGGUGGCGCAGUGGUUAAGAAUCCGCCUGCCAGUGCAGGGGACACGGGUUCGAGCCCUGGUCCAGAACAGAGCAACUAAGCCCAUGCUGCACAACGAGAAGCCACCGCAAAGAGAAGCCUGUGCACCGCAACGAAGAGUAGCUCCCCUCGCUGCAACUAGAGAGGCUGCGCACGGCAACAAAGACCCAAUGCAGCCAAAAAUAAACAAAUAAAUAAAUAAAAGGAUCCACCUGCCAAUGCAGGGGACACGGGUUCGAGCCCUGGUCCAGGAAGAUCCCACAUGCCACGGAGCAGCUAAGCCUGUGUGCCACAGCUACUGAACCCGUGUGCCACAACCACUGAAGCCCGCACGCCUAGAGCCGGUGCUCCACGACAAGAGAAGCCACUGCAGUGAGAAACCCACGCGCCACAAAGAUGAGUAGCCCCCUGCUUGCCGCAACUAGAGAAAGCCCACACACAGCAACAAAGGCCCAACGCAGCCAAAAUAAAUAAAACUUUUUUAAAGAAAGGGCAAUAAGACUAAAUCCAUGUUUACCUACAAUUUCUCACCCUUGAUAUUAAAAACAACAAAAAAAGAGUAGAUAAACACAGUGAGAAUUUUAACAAGGAACGAGAACAUAUAAAAAAAUAAUCAGAGCAGAAGAAUACAAUAACUGAAAUGAAAAACAUACUGGAAGGAAUUAACAGCAGACUAGGUGAUACAGAAGAACACAUAAGUGAGCUGGAAGAAAGAAUAAUGGAAAUCACCCAAUUAGAACAGCAAAAAGAAAAACACAUUAGGGCUUCCCUGGUGGUGCAGUGGUUAAGAAUCUGCCUGCCAAUGCAGGGGACACGGGUUCGAGCCCUGGUCCGGGAAGAUCCCACAUGCCACGGAGCAACUAAGCCCGUGCGCCACAACUACUGAGCCUGCGUGCCACAAUCACUGAAGCCCGCAUGCCUAGAGCCGGUGCUCCACAACAAGAGAAGACACUGCAAUGAGAAGCCCACGCACCGCAACGAAGAGUAGACCCCGCUCGCUGCAACUAGAGAAAGCCCGCGUGCAGCAACAAAGACCCAACAUAGCCAAAAAUAAAUAAAUAAAAAUAAAUUAAUUAAAAAGAAAAACGGGGCUUCCCUGGUGGCACAGUGGUUGAGAGUCUGCCUGCCGAUGCAGGGGACAAGGUUUCGUGCCCCGGUCCGGGAAGAUCCCACAUGCUGCGGAGCGGCUGGGCCCGUGAGCCAUGGCCACUGAGCCUGCGCUCCACAACGGGAGAGGCCACAACAGUGAGAGGCCCGCGUACUGCAAAAAAAAAAAAAAAAAAAGAAUUCUAAAGGCAGCAAGAGAAAAACAAUCACAUACAAGGGAACCCCCAUAAGGCUAUCAGUGGAUUUUUCUGCAGAAGCUUUUCAGACGAGAAGGGAGUGUCAUGAAAUAGAUUUAAAGUGCUGAAAGGAAAAACCUACAAUCUAGGAUACUCUACCCAGCAAUGUUAUCAUUCAGAAUUAAAGGAGAGAUAAAGAACUUCUCAGACAAGCAAAAACUAAAAGAGUUCAUCAACAUUACACUGACCCUAAGAGUUAAAGGAUCUCCUCUAUGUGGAAAAGGCUAGAACAAGAAUUUACAGAAAAGGAAGAAGUCCCACCAGUAAAGGCAAAUAUAUAGUAAAGGCUGUGGGUCAAAUAUAUAGUAAAGGCUGUGGGUCAACUAAUUAAAUAAGCUAGUACAAAGGUCACCAUGUAUGAACCCCAUGGUAACCACAAAUCAAAAUCGAUAUCGUGAAAAUGGCUAUAUUACCCAAAGCAAUCUACAGGUUCAACGCAAUCCCUAUCAAAUCACCAUUGGGAUUUUUCACAGAACUGGGACAAGAAAUGUUACAGUUUAUAUGGAAACACAAAAGAGCCCAAAUAGCCAAAGCAAUCUUGAGAAAGAAAAACG